AUGAAAGUUGCUGUACCCACAAUUUCGCAGCUGCAUAUCAAGAGUUACUAUGGGUUCCGGUACCUUUUGGACCCAGAUUGGCAUCAAAAGGUGUUUGAGAAGUUGGGUCUUUCGAGUAACCCUAACAUGAAAGUACUGGAUUUAUAUCCUGGCCCUGGUAUACACUCUGCUGUGCUUUACAAUAAAGUUCAACCACAGCAGUACACCAUGAUGGAGUGCAGACGGGAUUUCUUAUCGAAUCUGAGAAAUAUAUAUACGGAUGGACCGAUGGAACUGGUUAAAAAAGAUCCUUACAAAUGGGAAUCAUACACAGAGCUUAUAGACCAAGAAAAGUUGUUUGUACCCAAGAAAGCUGAUUACAAUGUAGUCAAUAAGGAUUUUUAUAUAAUGGCGAAUUUGACGGAGAAGAAGCAUGAGGGCCUACUUAUGCAGUGGAUGAACUGUGUAGGUAACCGGAACUGGCUUUUCAGAUUCGGCAGAUCACCAAUGCUGAUAUGGAUGCCCACUCCGACGGCAUCAAAACUGCUGGCAGAUAGCGGUGACCAUAGCAGACACAAAUGCUCCCUUGUCCGUGAGGCCUUCACUGAUACCAAACUAGUUGCGUUAUCCCAAGAAGAGGACAUGAAAAGCUUCAAUUCUGUAUGCCUGGAUAAGUCUAACCCUCUUGUAAUCCCAGAUGGUACAGAUUAUGGUGGAAAGGACUUCCCCAUCGCACUGGUUGAGUUUACACCCAAGAAACAUGAUAUUGACCUUGACAAUUGGGAAUUUGUUACUAAACAUUUGAUGGUGUUGUAUAAGACACCGCUCAUAGAUGCCAUAGAUUGUUUAGGACACGGUGCUAGAGAUUAUUUUAGUGCCAAUAUUGACAAGGAUCACAUCCAUCUGCUGAAGAAAUGCCCACAGGACUUCACCAACAAUGAUUUUGUGUACCUCACCAACUUAUUCCAUCUAUGGCCUUUCAAACCAGAUGUUUAUAUGGACUUCCUAGAUAUUUAUCAAGAGGAAUCAAGAGAGUAG